CGUACUGGUGGUCCCCCCAGCAGGGUGGGCAGAGCAUGCGCAGUGACGGGGGCUCGGGCUGGCCCUAUAUAGGCUGCGAUCAGCUGAUCAGCUCCGCAUUGCAGAGACGCAGAUAUGCAGCUGCUGCUUUUUCCGUGUCUGUUGGCCGCUGCUGUGGCAAGCCCCCUCUUGUGGGAGAAAGACUGCGUGAAGGGUCCUGAGAUAUGGUGUCAGAAUUUGCGGACUGCAUCACAAUGUGGAGCUGUGAAACACUGUCAGCAAACUGUCUGGAACAAGCCUUCUGUGAAAAGCAUCCCAUGUGACUUAUGUAAAGAGGUUGUAACAGUGGCUGGGAAUCUCUUGAAGGACAAUAGCACAGAGGGUGAGAUCCGUUCUUAUAUCGAGAAGAUAUGUGAGUUUCUUCCUGACCAAGGCCUGGUAUCUGAGUGUAAGGAGACCGUGGAUGCUUACCUACCAGUUGUCAUGGACCUGAUCAAAGAAGAGUUAGAUAAUCCUCAAGUACUGUGCAGUGCCCUCUGCUUGUGCCAAUCCCUUCAGAAGCACCUUGCUGCAAUGAAACUUCAGAAACAGCUCCAGUCCAACAAGAUACCUGAACUGGACUUCUCAGAACUGGCAUCUCCCUUCAUGGCUAAUGUGCCUCUUCUCCUUUACCCUCAGGACAAGCCCAAGCAAGAGUCUCAGGGGGCUGGGGACGUGUGCAAAGACUGUGUUCAGCUAGUCACUGAUGUUCAGGAAGCUGUAAGGACCAACUCCUCUUUUGUGACUUCCUUAAUUGCUCAUGCCAAGGAGGAGUGUGAACGCUUGGGACCUGCCGCAGCUGACCUGUGCAAGGACUACAUCUCCCAGUAUUCAGACUUGGCUAUUCAAAUGAUGAUGCACAUGCAGGACCAGCAACCAAAGGCUAUCUGUGCCAUGGUUGGAUUCUGUCCUUCCCUGAAAUCUGUGCCCCUCCUGACUCUAGUGCCUGCAAAAGUGAUGCAUGAAGUGAAGAUGGAGUCUGUGGAGGAGAUGCAGAAAAACCUGGUGCCAGCGGAAACCUUCUCUGUCUGCGAUAUAUGUGAGACAAUGGUGAAAGAGGUGACCAACCUGCUGGAGAACAACAGGACAGAGGAGGAAAUAGUGUUUGAAAUGGAGAAGCUCUGCUUCGUGUUCCCUCAAAGUAUCAAAGACCAGUGUAAGGACUUUGUGGAAACCUAUGGCAAAGCUGUCAUUGACAUGUUGUUGGAGGCAACUAGUCCCGAAACUGUAUGCAUCAUGCUGAAAUGCUGCACAAGCCGCAAGCCUUCUCCUGAAGUGAGAAUUGCUUCGGAGCCAUUACAGGCUGGUGACUUCUGUGACGUGUGCAAGAUGGUUGUACAUUACUUAGAGAAGCAACUGGAGAAGAAUGCUACAGGAGCUGAAAUUGAGGCUGCACUUGAAAAAGUCUGUCACUUCCUACCAAAAUCUAUCAGCGAGGAGUGUGUUCAGUUUGUGGACCAAUAUGAGCCAAUGCUUGUGACGCUCUUGACAGAGAUCAUGGAUCCAACUUUUGUGUGCAGUAAACUAGGAGUCUGUGUGUUGACUAAACAGCAUCUCUUAGGGUCAGAAGAAUGUGUGUGGGGCCCAGGCUACUGGUGUAAGAACAUGGAGACUGCAGCUCAGUGCAAUGCUGUCGAGCACUGCAAACGUCACGUGUGGAACUAGAAGAAAUCUUUAAUUCUGAAAAUGUCUGCGCAGGGUUUUUGUUUUUUAAAUUGUGGGAUAAGGAGCUGAAUCUCCCUCCUCUCCUUGUCUUCUUAACUUCCCAUCCCUGAAGUUCCUUUAUUGUCAUUCUUUUGUAGUAGUGCUGUGGAAGGUUCUGAUCUGCAAUGUUGACUUAACAGAAGCUAUUUCUGAUCAUACAGUUUAGUUGAUUAUAUGCUAAAAGAAUAUGCAUUACACUGUGGAUUUUGACCAGUAGGGUGGAGUAUUGACAUGCCUGGGAGGAGUGGCAUACAGUGAAAGUAAAAUGAAGACAAAACCUUCUUGUGUCAAUUCUAAAAAGGAUCAGGAUAGUGUCUAAAUUUUAAAUGUUUUUGUAGUCACUGGUUGGGAAGACCUCCAUAUGCUCUCGAGUGCUCUGCAUAAACAUCUGGCAAGAAUAUUAAAUUAUACACUAAUUGUAAAGUUACAUUUUCCUUGUGUAAUCUUCAGAGGGAACUGUUAAGGUAAAUAAGUCCACAAAUCCCUUGGGCUGGAAUCUUCAAAGCUUUAUAGUUAUGUAAAGAAUAUGCACCUAGAAAAUGUUCAGUAAUAAGUGUGUGUAAGGUCUUUGUGUGGGGUGGGGCAGCUUUUGUGUUGUGCUCAUGGCCAAGUUUUAAAGAUGUGAUCCAAUGUAAACAGAUCAUUGAUUUAUGUAGACUUUGAGACUUAAGGUCUGAUCCAAACAAGUUGUGGGAGUGAGAUGGGCCACAUAAAAGGCUUUAUGCAGUGAGAAGUUCAGAAAUCCCAGACCAUGCCUGGGCAGAGGGUUCUCCUUGGACCUGGCCAGUGCUACAGAGACUGCCUGUGGGGAAUUUCAAAUAUAUUUUAUGAUCUGUUGGGGGAGGAAAGGAGGGUUAAUGUGAGACAACAAAAGCAAAGAUGUGUGCUAUGAAAGUGAGCUCUAGCUAAAAAUGUGUGAGGGAAGAGAAAGAGGAGAGAUUGAGGUUAGGUCUUCAUACACAAAUGCCCUGCGGAUGAGCAGAGCUCAUGUUUGCUUCCAUGGGUCCAUGAUGAGGGCCUUGGUGACUUAAGAAGCUCUCCUCAUCUGCUGCGCAAGCAGAGGUGUCUGCUCACCUCGUGAAGUCUGGAAAUGGUAAUGAUCUGGGGCAUUGUGGUGCCAUCACUACCAAGAGGGGGACUUGCUGGACUACUCGGGAGUGCGUAUGUGCCUGCCUCCUUUGUAUAUCCUCCAAGCUGCCUGAUGGUGAAGUGCUGGACCUUACAUGGGUGGAAAAAUCAACCUGCGUGAGCUUGGAGCAUCCUGACCAUUUCCUCUGGACCUCAUUCUAGAGGCUCCAGUCUAGAGUGUCCCACGCCACAGGCAAUAGGCAAACAUUUAAGGCACAGGUCAUCCCACUCCCAUUGAAAGACUCUAAACUAGUUUUUUGUUGUUGUUGUUGCUUCUUUUCACCAGCCUUGUAGCACCCAUAUCUAUGUACAAAAUGGUCCCAGUAAGCUAAAUCAGUGGAUCUAGCCCAUUUUGCUAGAGGGAGUGUAUGAAAGAGGGCAGUGAUUAAUCUAAAGGGUGGGAACAGAGUGGUAAGGUUUUAUUUCAACCUUGUUUUGAGGUUCACCCAGACAGCUGGUGUUAAGAUGGUAUGUUUUUCAGUGGCCCAGGACUCCAGAACAGCCACCAGGCUCCCUGGCUUUGCCCAGAGCUGCCACUCACUUUCAUCCACCCCUCAAUCUGUCAGCAUCACCAAUGCACCAGGAGAAGCUCUGCAGGACACCCAUUAAUAUACAGAAGUGCUCUGCCCAUGGAAGAUGCACUGAAAAUAAUAGGAGACACUUGUACUAUAGAUCUGUUUCUGGCAGCUCUGUUAGCUUGCGAGGAAAAAAACUUUUGUGUUAAUGCUGAGCCUACGCAGAAGACCACAUUCCUGCCUGGAUUCAUGCAACACAGAACCUGGAUAAUGUAAUAGUACCAUAUUAGAGCAGUGGUUCUUUGCCCACCAAAGAAAUGGGGUCCUUUCUAUAGCCUGAGCAUUAGAAUAAUGGGAAAGACAUUUCAAGAAUGUCAAGGUACAUUAAACCCUGCAAAAUGUGGUAAUACAUUCCUUUUAUUUGUAACGUUUCUUGAGCAUUUUUUCAUAUUCAUUUCUUUAGAGCACAUAACAAAUCCAAUGGCAUACAUUCCCUUAGCAUGCAGUGAGGAACAAACAGGCACAGAGCACCUCAGCCUUCUGUUUUUCUAGAGAAUAGACAACUGUCAUAAACCAUUGGAAAAAUCCCACUUAUGUGGACAUUGACUGGCUCCCCAAACACUUGGCUUUGGACCACACAACUAAUUACCAGAUUUGAGUGCAUAAUUCUGAACAGAAUUUGUCAAAAAGAGGCACCUAAAAUCAAUGUUGAAAAUGUUUCUGGAGAAGAGAAGAUUACAGCUGAGCACAUAACUCUCAAAGUAGGCGUAGUUUGAACUUUGAAAAUUCCAGUUUCAACUUAUUCAGAGAGCUGCCAGUGAUAGUCUGCUUCUCUGUCAGGGCAUUCUUUUGGGGUGGGAGUGUGGAGUGGGGGGCAGUUCUAGCAGCACACUUCAGGAACAAGCAAACUAAUGAUUUGAGUUAACUUAAAACCACUCAGUUGCAGCUUUCCUGCAGCUUUACUUUCUCUAGUUGUACAUCCUAGUUGACUGAGAUCAGUGAUUUAUGUAUUUUUGUUUGGAUCUGUAUAGAACUCCGAAAGUUCUUGUUUAUCAAAAAAGUGCUGUAAAAAUACUAAGCAUUUGCAGUUUUUCUCCAUGAUGGCAGGUUUGUGCAGUGGCUUCUGUCUCAUCCGGAGUUUCCCUGCCCAGAAUUGGGGGAAGAGAUGUUUUCAGAAACAGUGGGCUCUCCUUAAGAGUAGCAUCUCUACCCUAGAAUUAUAGGAUGUGUGAUACUGCAACUUUACAUCUUUUAAACUACAUGGCAUCCUUUUUAUUGUGGCUGGGGGUAACACGCUAGUUUUCUAUAGGUGACAAGGUUUUAAUUGUCUUGCUUUUUUUUGGGAAGCAAAUGAUUAACAUAGUCACACUUGGCACAAGGAGAAUUGGGAGCUGUUCUAUGUAGUGUUUCAAUUCUGGUAUUAGGAACCUUUAGUUUUUGUUUCUCCUGUAGAAUGAUAGCAUUGUCUUACUCUAGACUGGAGGAGAAAAACAUGCAGUUGCUUUUUGUAGAACAUUGUCUUGAUUUUGCACUAAAGCUUCUGUAAUUAACAAUAAAGACUUCCUGAAAACCUGA